GUGCCCGGCUAUCAUCGUUUAAACAUGUUGGGCAUUUCGUGGUCUAAAUGGAUGAGUCCAACAUCCCUGGCCAUGACGGCCCUGGUCGGAUUGCUGACCGGCUAUUAUGGGGUGUGGAGUCGUUCUCGUUUUGUUCGCCUCAUCGACGCUCUGCCUGGACCGAAGCCACUUCCCGUCCUGGGCAACAUCAUCGAUAUUUUGAAGUACACUGCUAAUUAUCGUUUGUGUGCUGAAUGGAUCAAACAGAACGGAUAUAUUUUCCGAACAUGGAUCGGUUACUAUCCGGUGGUUCACGUCGCUCAUCACGAACUAUUUGAACAAAUUCUUUCCCAUUCCAAACUCGUAACAAAAGUGGACGAAUACAAAUUCUUUUUGCCUGAAAACUGCCUUGCUGUAAUAGAAGGUGACAAAUGGCGUCACCGUCGCCGAUUGCUGACUCCGGCGUUCCACUUCCGAAUUCUCGAUGGAUACAUUUCUACCUUCAAUGAAAAGAGCAUGGCCUCCGCUGCCAAAAUGGAAGAAAUUCUUGGCACAGCUGAAAGCCAAGAAAUUAACAUCUUUCCGAUUAUAGUCAAGCUGACUUUCGAUGCUCUCUACGAAACUUCCAUGGGUAAGAAUACGUGGAGUGAAGAGGACACGAGUACAUACGCACAGAAUAUGGACGGAAUGGCGCACAUCUUUUUGGAACGUGCCAUCCGUAAACCGUGGCUGAGGAUCGAUUGGAUUUACAAAUUCACCUCACUGUACCGCAAACAAAUGCAGUACUCUUCUUUCUUCAACACCUUCCACGAAAAGGUGAUUCGAGAACGACGCGAAUUGCAGAGGCGAAACGCAGCAGAGAAACACUCAAGUCCUCAGCCAGUGUUGAACAAUAAUAACGUCGAUGAAGAAGACAUGCUCUCACGACCAAAAGAGAGAUUGGCCAUUUUGGAUUUAUUAUUAAAAAUAUCGGAAGAGAAUCCUGAAUUGGACGACAAGGUGAUCGGCGACGAAAUUUCCCUUUUCAUUAUUGCGGGUUUCGAUUCAUCAUCUGUGGCCAUGAAUUGGUUUCUUUACCUCAUCGCUUAACAUCCGGAACACCAGAAAUUGGUGACGGACGAAUUGGAUCUGAUUUUUGGCGAUUCCGAUCGGCCGGUGACGGCGUAGGACUUGACUCAGCUCAAAUAUUUGGAGUGUUGCAUCAAGGAAACAUUGAGGUUGUAUCCGUCCAUUCCAUUAGUGGCGCGAUACUUAA